AUGCCCAGUAAUAAUGAAGAUAUAGAUUCUGAAUUAAGUUUAACAGAGAAAAAAAUUAAUAUAUACGAUGUAGAUUAUGUAAGUUUUCAGAAAUGCCUAGGAUCAAAUACUUCAAAAAGGUUUGAUUAUAAUUUUGAUAAUUUAGUUCAUUUAAUAUGUAAAGUGAAAAAUGUUAGGAAACAUGGAAAGGCAUUAUUUUUUUGUGACACUAUUUCACAAGACCUGAAUAAAGAAAAAGGAAAUACUUAUUUUUAUGGAAAUCAGUUUUUAAAGAGUGGUGAUAAUAUAUAUUUAAUUAAAAAUAUAUUUGAUGAAAAUAUAGGAAAGGUAGAAAGUAAUAUUCAAUUGGUAAUUAGUAAAAACUUUUAUAUUAAUGAAGAUAUAUUUAAAUUAUAUGAAGAAUAUUUAUUAAAAAAUGAAAAGUCAAAAGUGUAUGAUAAGAAUAAUCCCUAUGAUGAUAAAAAAUAUUUUAAUAUUAGUAAGGAAAAUAUUUCUUAUUCUAUUAACAUGUAUAAAAAAUUUCAUAAUUAUUUUAAUGAAAAUGAAGAACAAUUAUUACAAGACGAAGAAAAGAAAAAGCAAAUGUGUCUAGAUAGUGAGCACAUACCUAUGAUAUUAAUUAAUGAAUAUAUGAAAUAUGAAAUUUUGAAUAAAAUAAUUAAACCUGAUUCGAUGAUUUACGUUAUUGGAUUGCCAGUAUUGACUAAUACGAAUGAAAAAUCGUUAAUAGUUUUUUCUUCUUAUUUGUUAAGGGUAAAUUAUGAAUACUUUAAUAUCAAUGAAAUAUUCAAAUUGUUUGAGCAAAAUUAUUUUUCGAUGGGAACCUUAUGUAGAAGCUUACGAGUAAAUGAACAUUAUAUUCAUCGUAUUUAUAACGAUGUGGAGAAGAAGAAAAGAUUUUUAUUAAAUAUUGUUUAUAGGAAUAAAGAUUAUGAAAAUAUAUCAAACCAGAAAAUGAAUAAUUUUGAAAUAUUCAUCAUAAAAAUUAUUGAUAUCAUACCUAAAUGUUUUAAAAUAUAUGCUAGUGAUUUUACGCUACAUAUGAAAGACGAAAAAAAUAUAUUUUUUAAUAAUUUAAAUAUGAAAUGUAUAUUUAAUCAAGAUUUGUGCACAGAAAAUUAUGUAAACCAUGACGUUAUUGAAUGGAAAGAAGAAGAUGAAGAACAUGAAGAAGAUAAUGAAAGGUACGGUACAAUGGAUGAUACCAUGGAUGAUACAAUGGAUGGUACAAUGGAUGGUACAGUGGAUGGUACAAUGGAUGGUACAGUGGAUGGUACAAUGGAUGGUACAGUGGAUGGUACAAUGGAUGGUACAAUGGAUGGUACAAUGGAUGGUACAGUGUAUGAUAAGGGAGAUAAUAAAAAAGAUGGUGACAGAAGACACAUAAAUAUUUCUGAGUCACAUAAAGGAGGAAAAAAUAUGAAGAAGAAGAAUAAGAAAAAAAAGAAAAAAAAAGAUAUGUUGUCUUAUAUGAAUAAUAAGAAGGUUCCACAGAUAUAUUGGAUGCUGAACCAUAUAAACAAUAUGUUUAAUGAAAUAAAGAAUAUACAUUCAAAUGAUGAUAAAACAAAAUAUAAAUUUAGCUGUGAAUACAUUAUAUUAUCUAUUAAUAUUUUGAUAAACAAAUAUAUUGAGUGUAAUACUACACUUUAUGAAAAUUAUCUCGAAUUUUUGGAUCUAUUUAUAGAAAAGAAUGCAUGUUACGUUAGUAAGGAUAAUACAGAAAAGGUUAAAAUUUAUAUUGAGAAGUAUAAGAAGAAGAGAAAAAAUUGUUUUGAGAAUUCUUACUGGAAAGAUAUUGAAUUUUAUAAUAUCGAAGAUUUAUAUAUAAAUGAUUCUAAGGAUGUAAUAUAUAUAAAUGGUAAGGAAAAAAAUGAAGGUGCUAAUAGAACUAAUUAUUAUGAUAAGUAUAAUAAUAAGCUUGAUGAGAAAAAAGAUGAUUAUAUUUCAUAUAAUAAUGUUAUAGAUGAUACGUUUAAAAAUAAUCAUAAUAUGAAAAAGGAUGUGAUAUAUAAUGAAGACAAUACAUUGGACCACAUAAACAACACAACAACAACAACAACUACUACUACUACUAAUAAUAAUAAUAAUAAUAAUUGUAAUAAUAAUAAUAAUAAUAAUUGUAAUAAUAAUAAUAAUAAUAAUAAUAAUAAUAAUUGUAAUAAUAAUAAUUGUAAUAAUAAUAAUUGUAAUAAUCACAUUGUGAAUAAUUCUUAUGUAACAUACGAUUAUUGUAUUUUGGACGUUGGGGGAGGCAAAGGAGAUUUAGGCAUAUACAUUUCUUUAGCUUUUCCAAAUGUAUUAGUAAUUAUAUUAGAUAUUAAUAUAAAUUCCUUAUUUAGUUGUUUUGUUAAACUAUAUUGUAAUAAAAUUAAAAACGUAUUAAUAAUAAAUGAAUCCAUAUUAAAUUUCGAUUUUAGAAAAUAUAAAAUCGAUAUGGUAGUAGGAUUACAUUGUUGUGGAGGAUUAACUGAUUAUACUAUAAAAAAAUGUAUGGAGGAAAGAAUACCUUUUUUAAUUUGUUCAUGUUGUUAUACAAAAUAUAAGGAUUUAAGAAAACAUAUAUUUGAUUUUAAAAAUGAAAUAAUAAUAGAUGAAAUGAAUAAUUAUAUAUAUAAUAAGGAUAAUUAUCCUUAUAUGAAUUAUAUUAGUAGUAAUAUCUCUACGGAAAAUAAUAUAUGUAAUAUGAAUAAGUCUAAUGUAAAAAUAGGCCACAACGGAACUCUUAAUAAUAUGGUUAAUAUAAAAAAGAUGGAUUGUUUAUAUGAAGAAAAAUAUGAUGAUGAAAAUAAUUUAACACAAAAUGGGUUAGGUUUAAAAAAUGAUGAUAAUAAUAUAUCAUAUGAAAAUGAGAAAAAUAAUAUAAUAUCUAUGUACUAUGAAAAAGAUGAAUAUAAAAUUAAUAGUGAACAUAUAAAAAAUAAUUGUGUAGUUAUAAAUGGUGAAAUGAAAAAAUAUGAUAAAUAUGAAAAAAAAAUUAUGAGAAGAACUAUACCAAAUAUAUAUUCCUUUAUUAAUUUAUUAUCGAAAUUGUGUGAGAGUGAUAAUGUAGCUAUAUCCUAUAAAUGUAUGCACUUUUAUAAUAAUUUAAGAUUUAAAAUUUUACAGGCAUUGUUUAAUAAAUCUAAACAAAGUACUCAAAAUGAUGAAACUGUAAAUGUAUUUAUAAAAGAAGAGAUAAACUUAUCCUUACAUUCAUUUCCAAUUUCAUAUUCUCCAAAAAAUAUUGUUCUUAAAGGAUAUUUUACAUGA